AUGUCUCAAGACAAAUCUGAAGUAACAAUUUUAUAUAAUGGAAGAGAUACAAAAUUUAAUUUAAAUGGUGAAAAAGUGAACUUUUUAUACUUUGAUGGAGCAGUAGUAAAUAAAGAAUAUUCACUUUCAUUAGAAUUAUUUACACAAGGAAAUUUUGAAUGGAAAGAAAAAGUAGUGGUAGUAGGAGUGGACAUGUCAUCUGACGAAUAUCAAUUAUAUUUUGAUAAAUCCGAUUUUGUAUUUGACGGGUUUAAUUCAGAAUUAAAUGAAAACAAUUCACUAAGUAUUAUAGAAAAAGGAAAAACUAUAAAAUAUUUAUUUACUUCUUUAUUGGGAAUUAAUGAAAAGAGUUAUAACAGAGAUAUUUCUCACUUAUUUAAUGAAAAAGAAAAAUUAUUUAGACGUGAAGAAGAAGAAACAAAAAAAUUACUUAUGUCAACUUUUUGUAAUGCUUCUCCUGAACAAAGAGGAAAAUAUUUAAAUGAAUUUAUUGAACGAAUUGAAAAACAAUUAAAUGGGAAAUUGUGUUGUUAUGUUCAGUCUCAAAAAAAUCAAAUAGAAUUAAUUAAGAAAAUUAAGAAAGAUUCUAUUGAUAUGUUAAUUAAAAAAGAAAAAAAUGAAUCAUUAGAUGAUAUUAAAAUUGAUGGAACUCUUAACGAUUACUUUACUCAAUUACUUAAUCUUCAUCUUCAGUAUGAACGUGGAACUCGAUCAUUAUGGAUUUGGAGAAAUUGUAAAAGUUAUUUAUUUGAUGAUUUUAAAGAUAUUUUAUCAUUACCAAAAACACAUCAAGAAGAUUUGAUUAAUGAUAAAGGAAAAUUAAAAACUCAAGAAUUUUCAUUUAAUUUUAAAGUAUUAAAACCAUCUACUGAAAUUAAAAUGAAAUUAUAUUUUAAUUAUUUUGAAGAAGGAAAAUUAAAUAAAGUUGAAUUUAAACAACUUACAUUAAAUAUUAUAUGUAAUUCAUCAUGUUUAAUUGACUCUAGUUUCUUAGGAAAAAUUGAUGAACAAUCUGGACUUGUUAGUUUAAAAGUUAAAAAUUCGGAGACAUAUAAAGUCAUUACUUUUGAUAAGAAAGAUUCUAUGAUUUAUCAAGACAAAAUAAUUACACCACUAUUUCUUGACAACAUCAAUCAAAAAUAUUUCUCAAAGUAUUAUGGUAGAAGUGAUGAAAACACUCGUUCAUCUUUCCUUUUUACUACAGAACCUACUUUAUUUGAUUUCUUUAAUACUCGAGAUAGAAGAUUACCUCUUAUCGACAUUAUUAGUUUUACUCUUAAUAUUUGUAAAGCAAUCCAAAUAUUACAUACUCGUGAAUUUGUUCAUAAUCAUUUAAAUGAAAAAACAAUAUUAGUUGAAAAGAAUGGUAAACAUAUUAAUUUAAAGCUAGGCAAUUUACAACAAAUUUAUACUGUCAAUUCUUCGGUAUCUUUAUUCAAUGAACAAGCUGAAAAAUCAUCAUUUAGCUCUCCAGAAUAUCUUAAUUCUGAAUUAGUAACAUAUUGUAAUGAUGUAUUUUCUAUUGGAGUAUUAAUGGUUUAUUUACUUCAAUUUGAUGGUAAUAGAUCUCAUCUUAAUGUGAAUAAUACAAUCCAACAAAUUAUUCAGACUAAAGAUGAAGAAAAAGUAAAUUAUAUUAAAGACCAAAAAUUUAAAUGUCCAAUAGAAUUUUGUGAGUGUAUUGCAAACUGCUUAUUACCAAAAGAAAAAAGAUUAUUACUUGAAGAACCAAAUAACCCCAAAUCAUUAAUUCCAACUCUUGAACGAAUGAAAUUAAAAUAUUUAUUAUGA